GGCGGGGCCUGCGGCUCCGCCGGCAGGAGGCCAAUGAGGGGCAGUGCCUGGCAUUAUGCAACCCGCCUCCUGGCCCCGCGAAGCUUCCACUCGGCUGAGGGCUGCAACGGCGGCGGGUAGGCGGCCGGAGGGCGCUCGCGCGGCCAGGUAGGCAUCUCCAGGGCCACCCGGGGACCGGUCUCCCGCCCCAAGUCGGACCGCCGCCACCUCCAGCCUGAGGCGCCGCUCUGGGCCCUGGCGCUCAGACUGCACACCGAUACUGCCCGUGAUCGAACUUCUCAAUCCUCAGAGGCUUGGAUCUCCCACCUCACUCCCCCGACCAGGCCGCCCGGCCCCUGUGUGCACUCGUGGUGGCCUCUCCGCCUUCCGUGUUUCCCUCCUCCCCGCCCCAUGGCUCAGACAUGAGUGGCCCUCUAGAAGGGGCUGAUGGGGGAGGGGACCCCGGGCCUGGGGAAACCUUUUGCCCGGGAGGAGCCCCAUCCCCUGGGCCUCCGCAGCGCCGGUCUUGCCCUGGCCCCAGCCUGGCUGAUGACACAGAUGCCAACAGCAACGGCUCCAGUGGCAAUGAAUCCAAUGGGCCCGAGUCCCGGGGCGCCUCUCAGAGGAGCUCACACAGCUCUUCCUCAGGCAACGGCAAGGACUCAGCCCUGCUGGAGACCACUGAGAGCAGCAAGAGCACGAACUCUCAGAGUCCGUCCCCACCCAGCAGUUCCAUUGCCUACAGCCUCCUGAGUGCUAGCUCCGAACAGGACAACCCUUCUACCAGUGGCUGCAGCAGCGAACAGUCAGCCCGGGCAAGGACCCAGAAGGAGCUCAUGACGGCUCUGCGGGAGCUCAAGCUUCGGCUGCCACCCGAGCGCCGGGGCAAGGGCCGCUCUGGGACCCUGGCCACGCUCCAGUACGCUCUGGCCUGUGUCAAGCAGGUGCAGGCCAACCAGGAGUACUACCAGCAGUGGAGCCUGGAGGAGGGCGAGCCUUGUGCCAUGGACAUGUCCACCUACACCCUGGAGGAGCUGGAGCACAUCACGUCCGAGUAUACGCUGCGCAACCAGGAUACCUUCUCCGUGGCUGUCUCCUUCCUGACAGGCCGCAUCGUCUACAUUUCGGAGCAGGCGGGUGUCCUCCUCCGCUGCAAACGGGAUGUGUUCCGCGGGGCCCGCUUCUCAGAGCUGCUGGCUCCCCAGGAUGUGGGCGUCUUCUAUGGUUCCACUGCCCCGUCUCGCCUGCCCACCUGGGGCGCUGGGACCUCAGCAGGUUCAGGCCUCAAGGACUUCACCCAGGAGAAGUCUGUCUUCUGCCGUAUCAGAGGAGGUCCUGACCGGGAUUCCGGGCCUCGGUACCAGCCAUUCCGCCUCACGCCAUACGUAACCAAGAUCCGGGUCUCAGAUGGGGCCCCAGCACAGCCGUGCUGCCUGCUCAUUGCAGAGCGCAUCCACUCGGGUUACGAAGCUCCCCGGAUCCCCCCUGACAAGAGGAUCUUCACCACUCGGCACACACCCAGCUGCCUCUUCCAGGAUGUGGACGAAAGGGCUGCCCCGCUGCUGGGCUACCUCCCCCAGGACCUCCUAGGGGCCCCAGUGCUCCUGUUCUUGCAUCCUGAGGACCGACCCCUCAUGCUGGCCAUUCACAAGAAGAUCCUGCAGUUGGCGGGCCAGCCCUUUGACCACUCCCCUAUCCGCUUCUGUGCCCGGAAUGGCGAGUAUGUCACCAUGGACACCAGCUGGGCCGGCUUCGUGCACCCUUGGAGCCGCAAGGUGGCCUUUGUUUUGGGCCGCCACAAAGUCCGCACGGCACCCCUGAACGAGGACGUGUUUACUCCCCCGGCCCCCAGCCCAGCUCUGUCUCUGGACUCUGACAUCCAGGAACUCUCGGAGCAGAUCCACCGGCUGUUAUUACAGCCCGUGCACAGCCCCAGUCCCACGGGGCUCUGUGGAGUGGGCGCCGUCGCUUCCCCGGGCCCUCUCCUCAGCCCUGGCUCCUCCAGUGACAGCAACGGGGGUGAUGCCGAGGGGCCUGGGCCUCCUGCGCCGGUGACAUUCCAGCAGAUCUGUAAGGACGUGCAUCUGGUGAAGCAUCAGGGGCAGCAGGUCUUCAUCGAGUCCCGCGCCCGGCCUCUACCCCGGCCCCGCCUCCCUGGUCAGUGGGUGAGGGUGCGGGUGAGGAAUGAGACCUGGGAGUCCCAUGACUUUCGCCCCAACCCAGAGGAGCUCGUCUCUCCCUUUUCUCUCCUUGGCCCAGCUACAGGCACAUUCAAAGCCAAGACCAUUUCCUGCCAGUCCCCAGACCCAGAACUGGAAGUGGUCCCUGCUCCCGUCCAGGCCCCACUCACCUUGACCCCUGACGAGGCGGAGAGGAAAGAGGCCUCCAGUUGUUCCUACCAGCAGAUCAACUGCCUGGACAGCAUCCUCAGGUACCUGGAGAGCUGCAACAUCCCCAGCACGACCAAGCGGAAGUGUGCCUCUUCCUCCUGCACCACCUCCUCGGCCUCGGACGAGGACAAGCAGAGGACGGGUCCAGUCCCUUUGGGGGCCAAGAAGGAUCCAUCAGCAGUGCUGCGCGGGGAGGGGGCCGCCCCUCAGAAGGAGCCAGUGGUGGCAGGCACCCUGAGCCCGCUCGCCCUGGCCAAUAAGGCAGAGAGCGUGGUGUCCGUCACCAGCCAGUGUAGCUUCAGCUCUACCAUUGUCCAUGUGGGAGACAAGAAGCCCCCGGAGUCAGACAUCAUCAUGAUGGAGGACCUGCCUGGCCUGGCUCCAGGCCCAGCUGCCAGUCCAGCCCCCAGCCCCACGGUAGCCCCCGACCCCGCCCCAGACGCCUACCGCCCGGUGGGCCUGACCAAGGCCGUGCUGUCCCUGCACACACAGAAGGAGGAGCAGGCCUUCCUCAGCCGCUUCCGAGACCUCAGCCGACUGCGAGCGCUUGACGGCUCCUCCCCGGGCCCCCUGGCCCCUGGCGAGCGAGGACGCAGGACUCAGGACUGGGCUCUCCCACCCACCUCGUCGCUCGAGCUAGGCCGAGCGCGGCCUCGACCUGCAGGAGGAGCGCCCAGGCUGUGGGAGCCUGGUGGAGGGACCGGAGCCGCCUGCCCGCUCGUCCACGGACCCACCCUGCUUCCUCCCAUCGGCUUCCGUGCCUCUGCCUUCUGCUGCCACCACGGCCCCACACCCCCUGGUCGCCGACACCACUGCCGAUCUAAAGCCAAGCGCUCCCGCCACCACCAGACCCCCCGGGCCGAAGCCCCCUGCUAUGGCUCCCACCCGUCGCCUGUGUCACCCUCGUCUCCCUGGCCUCCCCCACCAGCCACUACUCCCUUCCCAGCUGUGGUCCAGUCCUACCCUCUCCCAGUGUUCUCCCCGCGAGGAGGCCCGCAGCCUCUCCCCGCUGCCCCCACAGCUGGGCCCCCUGCAGCUUUCCCUGCCCCGCUGGUGACCCCCAUGGUAGCCUUGGUGCUCCCUAACUAUCUGUUCCCCGCCCCACCCAGCUAUUCCUAUGGGGUAGCCCAGACCCCUGCCGAAGGGCCUCCUACCCCCGCCUCCCACUCCCCUUCUCCGUCACUGCCCCCGCCGCCCCCCAGCCCUCCCCGUGGGCCGGACUCUCCACUCUUCAACUCGCGAUGCAGCUCCCCGCUCCAGCUGAAUCUGCUGCAGCUUGAGGAGCCCCCCCGUGUUGAAGGGGGUGCUGUUGCAGGAGGUGCUGGAAGCAGUGCUGGGCCCCCGCCUCCCAAUGAGGAGGCCGCUGAGCCAGAGGCCAGACUGGUGGAUGUGACAGAGUCCUCCAACCAGGACGCGCUGUCGGGCUCCAGUGACCUGCUGGAGUUGCUGCUACAGGAGGACUCUCGGUCCGGCACAGGCUCCGCCGCCUCAGGCUCCCUGGGCUCCGGCCUGGGCUCUGGGUCUGGUUCGGGCUCCCAUGAGGGAGGCAGCACCUCAGCCAGCAUCACACGCAGCAGUCAGAGCAGCCACACGAGCAAGUACUUCGGCAGCAUCGACUCUUCCGAGGCCGAAGCCGGGGCUGCCCAGGCCGGGGCUGAGCCCGGGGACCAGGUCAUUAAGUACGUGCUCCAGGAUCCCAUCUGGCUGCUCAUGGCCAAUGCCGACCAGCGUGUCAUGAUGACCUACCAGGUGCCGUCCAGGGACAUGGCCUCUGUGCUGAAGCAGGACCGGGAGCGGCUCCGGGCCAUGCAGAAGCAGCAGCCUCGGUUCUCAGAGGACCAGCGCAGGGAACUGGGUGCCGUGCACUCCUGGGUCCGGAAGGGUCAGCUGCCUCAGGCCCUCGAUGUGAUGGCCUGUGUGGAUUGCGGUAGUAGCACCCAAGACCCUGGCAACCCGGAUGAUCCCCUCUUCUCGGAACUCGAUGGACUGGGACUGGAGCCUAUGGAGGAGGGCGGAGGCGAGGGUGGGGGCGGGGGUGCUGAGGGUGAGGGCGGAGAAGAGGCGCAGGCUCAGGCUGGGGCCAGGGUCUCCAGCUCUCAGGACCUGGCCAUGGAGGAGGAGGAGCAAGGUGGGAGUUCACCCGGUCCAGACUUACCCACCACAGAAAAUGGCACCAGCUAGACCACAUUUGGGGGCCCCCUCCGGCAGUGCAUGAGAAGCUUCCUUCUCCCGUGUUCCACCUCUCAGAACUCCGAUGUGGCUGGACCAACCAAUAGGAAACUGCCCCAGCUUCUCCCACUUAGGGGGCGGGACCCCCACCAGCAGCCCAGGAUCCAGGGGCUGCCUCCUGCUUCUGAGGGUACAGACGGGCGGGGGGGGGGGGUGCGGGGAUUCGUCAGCCCAGCCCAGAGAAGCCGCGUCUCCCAGCUCUGGUGAGGAGCUCUUCCUUCCCCUGGACAAGGUUGCUGACAAGCUGCUCAAGUGGUCUCGUCCCGGCUGAGCCCGAGUCCCGGUCCCUGAGGGUUUGGGGCUGCACUUAUUUAUUGGGGGAGACAGCCCUUCUCCCACCUCCUCCCUAGAGGGGAGGGGGAGGGCCAGCGGUCCAAACCCCUAGCUGCUCCGGGGUGGGGGAGGUUGGUGGACCAUGGAGUCCCUGGUGCUGCCCCUCAGGUGGGACCCAGGUGUUCUCAGCUGUACCCUCUACCGAUGGCAUUUGUGUUUUUGAUAUUGUGUCUGUUGUUAUUUUUUAAUACAAAGAGGAAAA